CUUUGGAAGAAAGCUGACGACCUCAAGAAUCUAAAUGAGAUAUAUGACACGUGUAUUAAACUAGACGGAUCUCGUUGCGACAAAGACAAGGAGAUUACAACAGGGUGGUGCUAUCAUCGUGGCGAGUGUCAUCGCAAGUAUUUUGGUCUCAGAGGAUGCUAUCGUGCUAAGAAACAGAGAGGCGUGACAAAAGAGAAUCGUUGCACGAGUCUGCGAAAUGGCAUCUGCAUCGCUCCAGAAGGAAUUGCUCUCUGCGACUGUUAUCCUGGGUAUGUUGGUGAGCAAUGUGACACCUACGAUCCCUGUGCAAGAAAUCCAUGUGGGAAGGCGUCAGAAUGCGUUGUGAUACCCGAUGAGACGGAAGUCAAAGGAGAUCUAUCAUCUCAGAAAUAUCGUUGUUUGUGUGGCAUGAGUGACGAAAUCGACGAGCAAAAUCCUAUAGAGACGAAAUGCGUCUACUCUGGCACCGGAAACUGCUCUCGAGCCAAGAAUCCGUGUAAUCGAGGAGAAUGUCUGUCGUGCCAGUACUCUGAACAGGGUGACGUCCUACAACUAUGCAAUGAAAACGAGAAAAAGGACGGAUUCAGAUGUAUUUGUGAACCAGGAUUCAAACCACCGUAUUGUGAAGCGCCAGCCGAUGCAUGCUUCAAUCAUCUGUGCAUUAAUGGAGCGCAAUGCGUCGCUAAGUCACCUUUCAAUUACGAGUAUGUCACUUGUUUUACGAAUAAUGUAAAUGAUGAGGCUUUUGAUUAUUUUGUGAUUUUA